CAGCUGGCUGAGCAGAGCAUGGUGGCAGAGCAGAGCAGCAGGACAGGCUGUUUCUGCUGGGCUUUGGCCAGGACAGUCAGAGGAGCCAAGCACUUUGGGCCACACAUCUGACUCCUCCAGGUGUAGAUAUGUUUGAUAAUUCUCACUACCCCUUCAACUGCUUUAACUACGAUGGAGACGGAUACCCUUCCUCUAGCACAGACGAAGAGAAGAAAAUGUGUAGACCGGCAUACAGCUACAUAGCUUUGAUAGCCAUGGCCAUCCAGCAGAGCCCCGAGCAGCGGGUCACUCUGUCGGGCAUCUACGAGUUCAUCAUGAAGAGAUUUCCAUACUACCGCUCCAACCAGAGAGCCUGGCAGAACUCCAUCAGACACAACCUGUCUCUCAACAGCUGCUUCAUCAAGGUUCCCCGAACAGAGGGCAAUGAGAAGGGAAAGGGAAACUAUUGGACUUUUGCCACCGGCUGUGAAUCCAUGCUCGACCUGUUUGAAAACGGUAACUUUCGGCGUCGCAGGCGUAGGAGGAACCUGAAAAUUGGCUUCCGUGACUCAGGAGAAACCCCCUUCCACUCUUUGGAGGGCCACAGUAAUCAGCACGUGCCUGCAGCUCGCCACCCUGAACCCGACUCCACCCUCUGCCCUUUGAACCCUGAAAGGCCGAGGCUGGCCCCCCAACAAAACCACCUCAUCCCGAGCCCCACCCAGCAGGGGAAACCGGAGUCUGAGAUCAAGUUUAGCAUUGACUACAUCCUGUCCACCCCAGAUCCGCCCCCGCCUGGCCUCAGAUCAUCCCAUGGCUCUGUGCACAUUGGGUCCACUGGGCCACCCAUACAUAUUCUGGAGCCCCAACAUCUGAACCUGCACUUCUGGACUCUGUAAGAGGAGCAAGCAGGGACUGAACUUGUUCCUUCACGGUCAUCCCUGUCCAAAACUGGGAAGUACUGAGGACAUCAAAAGACAGAGGAGAAACUCCACAAGAGGAACUUCACUGACUUGAAAGUGUAAAUGAGGAUAAGAGUAACAAGGUACAGUAUUAUAUGACAGAUUUUUGAUGGAGAAGAAUCCCUUAAAAGAGAGCAUCCUGCUGUCUAAGAAGUCAUCCAAAACAUAAAAUGUGAACAAUGACACAUUCAUAUUGUCGUUAUACAGUGUGUGCAGUGUAAGUGCUGACAUAGGUUUACAGUGUUCUCUGUAUGUGUAUACACAGGAGCUAUGUCGUGUUUUAAAUCCCAGAUUAGGUAAAACAAAUUGCAUUUAUUCAGAAUAUUGUGGCUCUUCCUUGUCGCCUGUCAUUUCUUUUAAGCAGACAUUACAAUCAGUUAAACCUAAUUAUGAUUAAUGUCAUUCCUCAGAUUGAUUUCUGAGUAAUUGUAGAUUUGGUCAUUUUAUUUCUCCUACCUUAUUUUAGUGAGUGUCAGGGCAAAUAUAAAGUGGUCAAAACCUUGUACACAUCCACUAAAGACAUAUAAAAAUGCUCUUUUUUGUCUGAUAUAUGUCUGGCACAAAGAAAAAUCUAAUUAAGCCAUUAAAAUUCAGUCUGAGAUGACAUAGUUCUUCUCUCUUAUUGGAAAAACCAGAAUUUAGGAAUAUGCAAAUAUUUUCAUUUCAAAAGUUUAACUGCUGACAACAAACUUGACAGAAAAAUCUGUUUUCAGUGCACGUUUGUGUGCUGGAGGUUUCAAGUGUCCACAGAGUCACAUAUUGAACCACCGUUGGAUUUCAAACCAUAAAAUCAUUACAUUCAUAUGAGUGAGUGUGGAGAAAUUACACUGUAGACAACUUUCUGAUGUCAAACUCUGCACUUACAUCAUUCUGUACAGUGAAACUCAAACAUCCAAGUGAAGUAACAAUAAAGAAAACAUGUUUCACAGUGAAGGGAAGUGACAUUUGAACUUUUUGGAAAAUUGUAAACAAUGUCAGCAGGAAAAAAGCUGAUUAUCUGCUUCAGUUUAGCUUGACAUACUUCUAUUUUUCAGUUGAAAAAUCAUCAAAUCAGUUCAAACUUAUAAUGUUUAUGGCGUUUGUUCCACCCCUUUCAACAGACCUUUUUCCACCAAGGACAUUAUGACAGGUCACGGUAGGAACAACACAGAUGUAUUAAAAUUAAUGAUGGGGGAGUUUCGGGGUCCUGUGAAUACUGCUUCACUGUCUGCGUGUCCCAGACCCAUAACACUAAUUCCUUGCAGUAUGCACAACAUACAAACCACGAAAGUGUACAGUUUAAGCAGUUAACAUACUGAAUAAAAUUCAUACUAUCCAUCCAUUUUCAUACUAAAAGGAAACUGUACAAUUCUCCUACAAUGCCAUGUAGCAGCUGUUCAUAGAUGACAAUAAUAAAAACUAGCUGUGGAUGGGAGCAGGAUCACCUCAGAAAACAAAAAUUAGCCGUUGAAUUUUGGUACAAAUGUUUUGCUCAGUGAUAUGUUUAAUUGGCAGUGUCAAUUUAAAGUCAUACUUUUCCUUUGCACAGCGCACGUGUUGCGCCAUUUCCUGUCAUCUACCAGAUAACAGUAUAAUGAUGAUUAUAUAGUAAAUACUGCAUAUAUUCAUGGAGCAUAGACUUGCAGCACAAUUAAUGUCUUCUUUAAGAUUGGUUUUCUAUGAUUUUUCAGAACCACUCACCAUUUAUUAUAUUAUAUUAUAUACUCCUUCAUUUUCAUUGUACUUUGCAUUGUGGGAGAAUAGUAUCUUUCAACAGCACAAUAAAAAAUCUGUUGUAAUUAGUAUACAUACUGCUUAGUUUGAAUAUAUUUCAUGUGGUCACCUUCCAAUUGUGAACCCAUACAGAAAUUGGUUAGAAUUAGCAUGUAGUGUAGAUCUGAUUUGUAUUUUCCCUACUACAAGAAGUCUGGGCCUGUUCUGACUGAAUCACUCAGAUUUACCUUCUGCCCACAUUUUGCAAAUUUUUUCAUUGACCUUUUGAAAUCCUGAUUGACUGACACUUAAAUUCUAAUCCAGCCACUCCUCAUUAUAACAUAUUGUAUCCACACACUUAAAAGAGGCCUAAUGAAACAGA